CGCUAUUCGGUCGUCCGGCAAAUCGGCUUCGGUUUCGAGAGCCAAACCCCUGCUCAACAGCGCGCGCCGCUGAAGCCCAAUUCCUCUCCCCUCAUCGGAUCCGGCGACGAUCGCCAGAUCGAACCCGCGCAAUGGCUUCUCCAGGAGAGGCAGCGGAGAUAGUGGCAUCCGCGGCGGCGGCGGCGGCGGCGGCGGCGGCUGCCGCGUCGGAGGCGAAGGGGAAGGAGGAGAAGGAGAGGAGGGAGGGGCCUCGGGUAUUGAGGAGGAUUUGGCGGGCGCUGUUCGGCGGGCGGGGCGAGGACUACGAGAAGCGACUGCAGAACCUGUCCAACGAGGAGGCCGCCGUGCUCGCCCGCAUGCGCCGUCGGGCGCUCUUCUCCCGCCGUGGCGUCCGGAACCUCAUCGCCCUCUCCGUCCUCGGCGAGGUUGGAGCUGUAGUUUACGCAAUUAUCAUGACGAAAUCAGAGGAUCUAGAUUGGCAGAUGAGGGCUAUUAGAGUGCUGCCUGCCUGCCUAUGUUUCUUUUGCCAGCUUUAUCCUCAAUGAUGUACUCAAUACUCGUAAGCUUCACAAGGAUGUGUAAAUAUCUCAGAACUCUUGUCAGAACUUUUCAUAUUUAUCAAGUACUCGCAAUUUUUUAUUACCAGUCGAUUUUUUUUUUCAGAUUUGCUAUCCUCAGUCUUUGAGCUUUAAUACAUUGAUGACUUUCAUUUAUAA